CUUCCUCCCUCUCUCCCUUUAAUAAAACCAUACCAUAACUAACUUAAAAAAACCCAAACAAAACAAAUCCAGAAAGAAAAAAGAGGCGACAAUCCGACCGUCGAUCCAAUCCAUUGGAUUUCUAGACGUUCGCUAUGUCCACGGAAGGAAGUUGUCCCGUGAAAGUGAGAAUUAUCGUGACUGAGUUCGUCGAAACAGACGCGACGAGCUUCAAAUCCGUCGUUCAGCGCCUGACGGGAAGAGAUCGGAAUGUGAUUGCAACGGAGAAAAUGGCGGAGAUAUCCAACGGUGCUCCCAAGAAGAAAGUGUCUAAGGCAGCUUGUGUUGGAGAGGAUGGAUCGUGGGGCUCGCCGGAGAGUUCGGAGCAGCUGGAAGAGUGGGAGAGAAUCUUCAUGGAGAUUCCAAACUUAGAUGAAUUGAAGGCCUGGUGCGCUGAUUGAGAUAUUCAA